CUUCUUCUCGCUUUCUGCGUGGCACGCGGUGGAUACACAUCCAUCCAUCCAUCCAUCCAUCGCAAGCACGCACACACACAAACCACACACACACCACAAACCACACACACACACAACGAACAAUAGACUGACGGAUAACCAACGCGACUCCAUCACCACGUCUCACUCGCCACCAACGAGGGUUGGAUAAUCGCUGAGCUGUCCUUUCUUACGUACAUCCCAGCGCACAUACGUCUAUACAUAAGAAGGCCUGCCUCCGCUGUUCUCCCCGUCUUAUCCCUACACACAUACCCACACACCCAGACACAGCAAGCAAGCAAUGGCCCGCAACCCCACGCGCCGCCGAAAAGGCUCCCUCGUGUCGUCGACACAGACACCGCCGCAGACGAGCACCGAGUCCUCGUCGUCCUCCGCCGAGACGGCGGCGGCAGCCACCAUCAGCCACAGCCAGAUCGAUGCGCGCCCACACUUGGAGGGCACCGCCGCUGGCUCCGCGGGGUUCGGAAGGACAGUCUUCUCCGCUCUUGCGCAGAGCACCGUCCCUGUGUGGGCGCAGACCGCCAUCAUGGUUUCGCUUAUUUUUGGAGGGUGUUGCUCAAAUGUCUUCGCUCUUGAAGCCAUUGUGAAAGUAGAGCCGCACAGCGGGCACCUAAUAACGUUCGCGCAAUUCCUUUUGGUGGCGUUCGAAGGGUUCAUAUACCACUUUGACCGGCGAUCGCCGACGUUCCUCAAGCCGAACCAGAUCCCCAUCCACCGCUGGCUGGUGCAGAUUGUGUUGUUCUUCAGUGUCUCGGUGCUGAACAACUAUGCGUUCGGAUACAAUAUCUCGGUGCCCGUGCACAUCAUCCUCCGCAGCGGCGGGAGCAUGACUACGCUUGUCAUUGGCUACAUCUGGGGGAAGCGCUAUUCGCGCACCCAGGUGCUGUCGGUCGUCAUCUUGACGAUCGGCUGUGUGCUGGCUGCGCUGGGGGAUUCGAAGGGGAUGGGAGAAACUGAGAAAUCCAUGAGCCGCUUCCUGACCGGCCUUGCGAUCCUCUUCGUCGCCCAGGUCCUCUCGGCGUUCAUGGGCCUGUACAUCGAAAACACCUACACCACCUUCGGGAAUAACUACCGGGAGGGUCUCUUCUACACCCACGCGCUCUCCCUCCCACUCUUCCUCCUCUUCUCGACCUCGAUUAAAACACAAUUCACGCGCCUCCUGUCCUCACCGCCUUUACCCGCACACGCGCUUUUGCCAUCCAGCAUCAACAACCUGCUCCCCCACAUCCCACGUCAGGUGCUCUUCCUACUCCUCAACUCCCUAACCCAAUACGUAUGCAUCCGCGGCGUCAACAUUCUCGGCAGCAUCUCGUCGGCACUGACAGUCACCAUCGUGCUCAACAUCCGCAAACUUGUCAGUCUGCUGCUCAGCAUUUGGCUCUUUGGAAAUACCCUGUCGUCCGGCGUCAUGGCCGGCGCUACCGUCGUCUUUGCCGGCGCGUUUCUUUAUGGCUUUGAAAGUCAGCGCUUGGGCGCCAAGAGAAGGAGGAUGGCCGCCGUGGCUAGGGAGAAGAGUAUUUAGAGUACGAUAGAUGGGGAGGAGGGGCGCGCGGGGAGGGAGGGGGGUGGGUUUAUAGAGUAGAGCUGAGUAGAGUAGAGUAGAACAGAGGCACUUCAUGCCCGAUGAUGAUAAAGAUACAUAUCCAUAUAUAUGUCAAGUAAGAUGUAGUGAAUAAAAAAAGUUCACUUCACUUGCAGGGUUCGUUCGCGGAGAAU